CAAUUGAGUAACUGCGACUCAGCAACACGAGUGUGCCUCGACUGAUAUUAUUCACUAUUGCAGUCCUAUUCACUAUAUUAAAUUCUGCUUGUGCAUACGAUGACGGUGAACUUGUUAGAAUUGAUUGGCCUGGAAAGUGGUGGCAUUGGGCUUUCUUCUGCCUUUAUGCUAUUUAUUUUCGGUAUUACAUUGAUCAUAACAGCCAUUCACGUGCACUUUAAAUCUCAAGAAUCGUACAAAUUGGCAAUACAAAUUCCUGGACCUGUACCAUUGCCCAUAAUAGGGAAUGCACUCAUGGGAGUAGGAAAAACACACAACGAAAUUAUGGAAGAGAUAAUACAAUUUGGUGGAAUCCAUGGUGAUGUGGCGAGAGGAUUCCUCGGAUACAAUGUCAUGGUUUUCUUAAUGGAUCCGCGUGAUGCUGAACUCAUUCUCAAUAGUAAUGUUCAUUUGACGAAAUCCAGCGAAUAUCGUUUUUUCAAACCGUGGCUUGGCGACGGAAUAUUGAUUAGUAGUGGCGACAAGUGGCGGUCGCACCGUAAAUUAAUUGCACCGGCCUUUCAUCAACUCGUGUUAAAAAGUUUUGUUGGCGCAUUCUGUCACAAUAGUGGGCGAUUAGUGAAUCGACUACGAAAUGAGGUGGGCCACGAGUUCGACGUACACGAUUAUCUGAGUGAAGUGACAGUGGACAUUUUGUUGGAAACGGCUAUGGGUCAUCCAAAAACGCAUGACGAUCGCGAAGGAUAUGAAUAUGCAAUGGCUGUCAUGAAAUUGUGCGACAUCAUUCACAAGCGAAUGCUUACAUUUUAUUUGCGGCCUGACAUCAUAUUCAAUUAUCUGGGUAUAAAGAAGCAGCAUGACGCAUUGGUUAAUACAAUUCACAGUUUGACCACGAAAGUGCUGCGAAAAAAGAGCGACCAAUUGAAAAAGUCAUUUGACAGCGGUGGAAUCAAGAAGACCGUUUACAGUGAACUGUUGAACAGCAAAAAUGAUGAAGUCGUUCGGGAUGACACUGAAGAUCCAACGGUUGGUGAGAAGAAUCGGUUAGCAUUUUUGGAUUUGAUGCUCGAAUCAACGUAUAGUGGUGCAAGUAUAACGGAAACCGAGAUCAAGGAGGAAGUCGACACGAUAAUGUUCGAAGGGCAUGACACGACAGCGGCUGGAUCUAGUUUCGUAUUGUGUUUGUUGGCUUGCCAUCAAGAGAUACAAGAUCGCGUAUUUGCCGAGCAAAAGCAAAUAUUCGGCGAUUCCAAUCGACCGGCCACAUUUGCAGAUACUCUACAAAUGAACUACUUGGAACGCGUAAUCUUUGAGUCAUUGCGUAUGUAUCCGCCAGUGCCCAUUAUAGCUCGUGUGGUGCAAGAAAACGUGAAACUUGCUUCCAAGCCGUACACAAUUCCAGCUGGUUCAACUGUUGCCAUUGCAACGUACAAAAUUCAUCGACACAAAGAUGUUUAUGACAAACCGGAUGUUUUCGAUCCGGACAAUUUCCUUCCAGAACGCACGCAAAAUCGACAUUACUACGGCUUCAUUCCUUUCAGUUCAGGACCACGCAGCUGUGUCGGCCGUAAAUAUGCCAUUCUCAAGUUGAAAAUUCUGCUGUCUACGAUUUUGCGCAGCUACAAAAUCUAUUCGAGUUGCACCGAGGCUGAUUUCAAACUUCAAGCUGACAUCAUUCUUAAGCGAACCGAUGGUUUUCGCAUCCGCGUUGAACCGAGAUAGACCAAAUUGAUUGGCCUGCAAAGUGCUGGCAUUGGGCUUUCUACCGCCUUUAUGCUGUUUAUUUCCUGUGUAUUGGUCAUAACAGCCAUUCAUUUGUAUUACAAAUCACAGGAAUCGUACAAAUUGGCAAUACAAAUUCCUGGACCUGUACCAUUGCCCAUAUUAGGGAAUGCACUCAUGGCAUUAGGGAAAACACCGAACGAAAUUGUGGAAGGGUGUCUGCAACUAUGUGGAAUCCAUGGUGAUGUAGGAAGAGGAUUUCUUGGAUACAAAGUCAUUGUUUGCUUAAUGGAUCCGCGUGAUGCUGAACUGAUUCUCAGUAGUAAUGUUCAUUUGACGAAAUCCAGCGAAUAUCGUUUCUUCGAACCGUGGCUUGGCGACGGAAUAUUGAUUAGUAGUGGCGAUAAGUGGCGUUCGCAUCAAACGGCUAUGGGGCAUCCAAAAACGCAUGACGAUCGCGAAGGAUAUGAAUAUGCAAUGGCUGUCAUGAAAUUGUGCGACAUCAUUCACAAGCGAAUGCUUACAUUUUAUUUGCGGCCUGACAUCAUAUUCAAUUAUCUGGGUAUAAAGAAGCAGCAUGACGCAUUGGUCAAUACAAUUCACAGUUUGACCACGAAAGUGCUGCGAAAAAAGAGCGACCAAUUGAAAAAGUCAUUUGACAGCGGUGGAAUCAAGAAGACCGUUUACAGUGAACUGUUGAACAGCAAACAUGAUGAAGUCGUUCGGGAUGACACUGAAGAUCCGACGGUUGGUGAGAAGAAUCGGUUAGCAUUUUUGGAUUUGAUGCUCGAAUCAACGUAUAGUGGCGCAAGUAUAACGGAAACCGAGAUCAAGGAGGAAGUCGACACGAUAAUGUUCGAAGGGCAUGACACGACAGCGGCUGGAUCUAGUUUUGUAUUGUGUUUGUUGGCUUGCCAUCAAGAGAUACAAGAUCGCGUAUUUGCCGAGCAAAAGCAAAUAUUCGGCGAUUCCAAUCGACCGGCCACAUUUGCAGAUACUCUACAAAUGAACUACUUGGAACGCCUUGUCCAUACGAUGACGGUGAACUUGUUAGAAUUGAUUGGCCUGGAAAGUGCUGGCAUUGGGCUUUCUACCGCCUUUAUGCUGUUUAUUUCCUGUGUAUUGGUCAUAACAGCCAUUCAUUUGUAUUACAAAUCACAGGAAUCGUACAAAUUGGCAAUACAAAUUCCUGGACCUGUACCAUUGCCCAUAUUAGGGAAUGCACUCAUGGCAUUAGGGAAAACACCGAACGAAAUUGUGGAAGGGUGUCUGCAACUAUGUGGAAUCCAUGGUGAUGUAGGAAGAGGAUUUCUUGGAUACAAAGUCAUUGUUUGCUUAAUGGAUCCGCGUGAUGCUGAACUGAUUCUCAGUAGUAAUGUUCAUUUGACGAAAUCCAGCGAAUAUCGUUUCUUCGAACCGUGGCUUGGCGACGGAAUAUUGAUUAGUAGUGGCGAUAAGUGGCGUUCGCAUCGUAAAUUAAUUGCGCCGGCCUUUCAUCAACUUGUAUUAAAAAGUUUUGUUGGCGCAUUCAAUCGAAAUAGUUGGCAAUUAGUGAAUCGACUACAAAAUGAGGUGGGCAGAGAGUUCGACGUGCACGAUUACAUGAGUGAAGUGACAGUUGAUAUUUUGUUGGAAACGGCUAUGGGGCAUCCAAAAACGCAUGACGAUCGCGAAGGAUAUGAAUAUGCAAUGGCUGUCAUGAAAUUGUGCGACAUCAUUCACAAGCGAAUGCUUACAUUUUAUUUACGGCCUGACAUCAUAUUCAAUUAUCUGGGUAUAAAGAAGCAGCAUGACGCAUUGGUUAAUACAAUUCACAGUUUGACCACGAAAGUGCUGCGAAAAAAGAGCGACCAAUUGAAAAAGUCAUUUGACAGCGGUGGAAUCAAGAAGACCGUUUACAGUGAACUGUUGAACAGCAAAAAUGAUGAAGUCGUUCGGGAUGACACUGAAGAUCCAACGGUUGGUGAGAAGAAUCGGUUAGCAUUUUUGGAUUUGAUGCUCGAAUCAACGUAUAGUGGUGCAAGUAUAACGGAAACCGAGAUCAAGGAGGAAGUCGACACGAUAAUGUUCGAAGGGCAUGAUACGACAGCGGCUGGAUCUAGUUUCGUAUUGUGUUUGUUGGCCUGCCAUCAAGAGAUACAAGAUCGCGUAUUUGCCGAACAAAAACAAAUAUUCGGCGAUUCCAAUCGACCGGCCACAUUUGCAGAUACUCUACAAAUGAACUACUUGGAACGCGUAAUCUUUGAGACAUUGCGCAUGUAUCCGCCAGUACCCGUUAUAGCGCGUGUGGUGCAAGAAAACGUGAAACUUGUAUCUAAACCUUACACAAUUCCAGCCGGUUCAACUGUUGUCAUUGGCACGUACAAAAUUCACCGCCACCAAGAUAUUUACGACAAUCCAGAUGUUUUCGAUCCGGACAAUUUCCUUCCAGAACGUACGCAAAACCGUCACUACUACGGUUUCAUUCCUUUCAGUGCAGGACCGCGCAGCUGUGUCGGCCGUAAAUAUGCCAUUCUCAAGUUGAAAAUUCUGCUGUCGACGAUUUUGCGAAGCUACAAAAUCUAUUCGAGUUGCACCGAGGCUGAUUUCAAACUUCAAGGUGACAUCAUUCUUAAGCGAACCGAUGGUUUUCGCAUUCGCGUUGAACCGAGAUACAACCGAUAGUCUGUAUUCAAGGUGCAUGUCUGUCCCCUCAUUGCCUUUUGA